AUGGCGUGGAGCGUCCUAUGUGACUACCAACCUCGAUUCGACAUCCUGAAGAAGGUUGUGCGCGCAGCCUUCCCCAAGCUCCCAGUAUUUGCGGACACUGAGGAUCACAGACCGGGCUCCUUUGAGGUCAUCCUGCACCACAAGGACGAGGAGUUUGAAAUCUGGUCCAAGCUGUUGACAGGGGAGCCUGCCGACGAGAUGGCAGCGCACAGCGUCGCGGAGUUGGUGGUGGAUGAGAUACGGCGGGCCAAACUGUGCCUGUGA